AUUGAGGAGAAAAAUUAUUUGAGUUAUCGUUAAGUUUUCAAAAUGACUGAGCUUAUCCACUGCUACAACAAAGGGUGUGGUCAAAAGUUUGAUCCAACUAGCAACGAAGACGAUAGUUGUACUUAUCACCCUGGACAACCUGUGUUCCACGAUGCACUGAAGGGCUGGUCCUGUUGCAAGAAACGCAGUACAGAUUUUACAGAAUUCCUCAAUACACCGGGUUGCUCAAAAGGAAAACACAGUAAUGUUAAACCUCCAGAACCAGUCAAAGAGGAGAAAAACAACAAAGAUGAGGUCAUUGAAGUUAAGAUGCCGGAGCCUAAGAAGCCCAGGGACCCCUCAGCUAGACCCUCCUCAGAUGAACCUCUGGUCCCCCUCAGUGUAAAUGUCACAUCCUCCCUUAAACAGGCCCUGGAAAAACACAUGGAAAAUGUCAAUCAACAAACAACGGAAGAUAAAACUGACUCAACAGAAGUGAAAGUUGGCACAUCAUGUAAAAACAAUGGAUGCAAGGCAUGUUAUGAAGGAGAAAAUAGUAAUACAGAGAGAUGUUUAUAUCAUCCAGGUUUUCCAGUGUUUCAUGAGGGCAUGAAAUUUUGGUCUUGCUGCAACAGAAAGACAUCAGAAUUUGACCAGUUUUUAGCUCAGGAAGGCUGUGAAACGGGAACACAUUUAUGGAUCAAACCAGAGGUAGAAGGAGAGAAGAAGUCCUGUCGGUUUGAUUGGCAUCAGACUCCAUCCAUCGUCUCUCUGUCUGUCUUUGCCAAAGCUGCUGUUCCUGAGAAAUGUUCAAUAACUGUCAAUAGGGUGCGCUGUGUCAUCAAAAUCAUAUUUGAGGGAGGAAAGAGUCUCUUUGAAAAAGAUAUAAUACUGAGAGAAGAAAUAAUACCAGAAAAAAGCACAGUGAAAAUGAUGGGAACAAAAGUAGAAAUCAAUUUAAAGAAGGCAGAAGCAUUCAGUUGGCCAACUCUGGAUUUCCCAGAUAAAACUCCAGAGAACUAAGAAUCUCAAAGUUGAGAUCAAAUUAAACAGUUAACAGCUAGGAGACAAGCAAUAAACAACAGAUAUUGUGAUAAAGGAGCAUCUAUAUCCUAAAAAUUAAAACAGUGCUCUAUUAUAAUGCCAGGAUUAUUUAUUUCUAAUAUGAUCAAACUAGGGUUAUUUCCUCUCUUUUUUUGCAACUAUUGCUCACAUGCUGAAUCAAAGGGUAUAUCUUGUAUAUUUGAUAAUGCCAUGAAGCAUUGCAUAAUCCCUACAGAAGUGUACAUGGUCUAGAUGUUAUGGAUUCCAAGGUACAAAAGAUAACAUGACAUUUGAAAUUCCUUAAACUCAUUACCUUGAGAAGGUUGGCCUUCUUAACUACGUAUAUUACAGUGUGUCUUCGUUUUUGACACUACAAUGUUGGAUAAGAAAGUCGCUAUGCCCUAAAUAUAUUGUAUAUUGGGUAAUAUUGCUGAAGUUGCAUUGUCGCAUGUCAAAAGAGAAAAGCACCGAUGUUUCCAUGAAGUUAAUACAGUUAUUGAAAUGAUUAUUACAGAGAAAAACCUUCAAAUUAAAAAAAAGCAAAUAUUUCAAUGUCUUUAAUAAGCAAUGUGAAAUUUGCUGAAUUCUCUUUACAUCCAAGUAACUCACUAUAUCGUAUGUAUAUUGUACAAGUAUGGUUUGAUACAUUAUGCAUGUUUUCCAUGUUGUGAAUAAAAGAAAGGAGAGCA